GUGGGCAGUACGAACUGGGUUUGUGCUCGUUCUUGGCAGCAGCUCGGUGCGGAAGCCUCUUUUGAAAAGGCCUCAUCCUCCUCGCCGUCUCGCUGUUUCUUCCCACCUCGUCGACCCAAUGAUGAGAUCGAUCCCCGGUCAAGCCAUCCGUGGCCAUCCUCAGCGGAUCACAGCUCCUCCGAUGCAAGGGCCCUUCCAGCAUGCGAUCAGAAUCCCUCGAUGCUCCAGCACAAUCCCCAGCACAUAUUAAUCAAAUCGUCUUUGUCAUCAGCCAGCUUGCGUGACAUGGAUGGCCUCAAGAUAUGUUGCCUUGCACGGGCUACGAAGAGACGACGAUGGACAAAGACAAAGACAACAAAGACGACGAUGGGAAGGUUUCGAAGCCAUAUGAUGGUCCAUUUCUAUUCAUCAACAAGACUUCGGAGACCCUGGGUCGGAGUCGAGACGAGAGUUUCACUAUAUCCUCGCAUGUGUCUAAAACACAUCGCAAAUGGUUGAAAGACGAGAGGCUCAGGCGGUUGCAUGCAUCUAGCAGCAAGGCUGUGGCCGCUCAACGAUCGAUUCUGCCAGCAGCAUCCUCGCGAAUCCCAGGGGUCAGUCCCGAUAAUGACGCGUCAGUAGAGGACCAUCCUGGACCUGCACGGGCAGUCGCCGACCCCAGUCAAUCUCAAGACGGCGGGAGUGCCUCGCGAGUCACUGGGCGCCGUUCAGUGGGUGAAAGCGUGCCUGGCGACGAGCAUAGUCAGCCUGUUUACCCAUUUGAGGACAGCCAAGAAAAUAUUGACCAACAACGAACGGCAGCAUCUUGGGUACGGAACAGGCGUGCUUGGGCGAUCAACAAGCCCUCUUUGGCGCUCUGGAAGGGUAGUUCUGACCCCUUUUCGGCCGCUGCGGUGCCUCUGGCUGCCUCGGACCAUGAGAUCAUUCGGCUAGCUCAGCGAUUUUUCGUGUUCGUGGCUUGGCCAGACAAGACGAGCGCAGUGUGGAGGGCUCCAAUAGCCGACACCUCCAGUUCAAACAUUCAUCUUGACGAGACUAUUGCAGACGAAGCUGAAGUUCAUGCUAUCCUUGCCGCUGGCUAUGCCGUAAAUGGAGAGCUCUCGGGGCAGGAUUCCGAGAGGUCCUUGACCCGGCAGCUGUUGCAUAAAACCAAAGCUGUCGCACUUCUUCGAGAUAGGCUCGCGAAACAUGGCUUCUCACCGAGCGUCACCACAUUGAUCCGCCUCCUCAUUUCUCUUGAUUUUCACGCCUCCGAUAAUGAAUCAGCCCUGGUACAUCUGCGUGGCCUCUGGGCUAUGGCGUCGACAACCCCUGGAGUUUUGGUAGACGCCCAGGAGCUCCUCCUGAUCAGCGAUGCGUGGAUCUCCAUAUCACUGUUGAAGAGACCUGAAAUAUCACCACAGCGUUACGACCCCGGGCCACGUUCGCAGCAUGCGUUUGACCAAGUUCUACGAGAAUUGGAACGUAAGCACGGCAUUGCUGUGACAGACGGAGCAGAGAGCUCAACCCCGGAGGCUGCAUUUGAUGAAAGCAUGUGGAAACUGUUGGAGGGCGCCCACGAGAUUGUCAAUACAAAGAGGAUAGUGGGCGAGAUCACCGACACCAGAUUGCACGAGGAGGUUGUCCAUUGGAUAAACAGACGGAGCAGUGCUGUAAGUGGCUAUUGCACCACCGGAUAUGUGAACGCGACCGAACUCGCAGGGUCACCAAAGCUGGAUGACACCAACAAAGUCAAGCAGACCUUGAUGGCUGCGGCGUGUCUGUCCGCGAUGAUGCUCAUGAACUUCAAGUUCUUGGACUUGCCGCACAACUACAAUUUCAGCCGGACAUGCCAGAAGAUCGAACAAGUCCUCCGCAGCGUGUCGCAGGCGUUGGCGCGCGAGCCUCAACCGGCGCAGGACAGCGACUACCUGUGGCUUUUGUUCCUGGCCGCGAUGGGCAACGACAUUUUCACCGCGAGGGGCGACAUCCCCUAUUCUCCGUGGCCGGCCACCGAGUUUCACCGUGUCGGCGAGCGUCUCAACAUCGCCAUCGAGGCACAGCAGCAGCAGCCAGCUGCAACUGCAACUGCAACCGCCAUUCUACGCCGGUAUCCGUGGUACGCGGAAAUGGACGUUUUCAUCCUCGAGCUGCUUUGUCAGAAGCAGCCACGCGCACAGAUCAUCUCGUGGUCCAGGUGGCGCGAUAUCCUCAAUAUUGCUUGACCCAGACCUAGCAGGAGGAGCUGGAGCACGAAGGGAUAAAGAGGGGCUGGAGGAAGAGAAGAUGUGGCCUGUGUCAUCUAGCGUCUAGCCGUUGCGGCCAUAGCAAAGGGCCAAGGAGAGGCCGUUACGCCGGGGUGUGGUAGAAGGCGUCGGUUCGCGUCCUGAUUAGCUUGGGUUGACCUUCACUGGACAUGAGGGUUUUCAGGGAUUUCUGCAAAUAGCAUAGCGUAGCACAGUUGAGGAUGGAAGCAGGGGCGAGGACACUGUCGAGACGGGCCUAUUUAUCUAGGAAUAUAUCUGUCUGUCCGUCUGUCCAACGAAGUGAUCACGAAACACACCGUUCAGCUAGAUACCUAGGUAGCUAGGUAGGUAGCUAGGUACUACCUCCAAGAACAGGUUGAUGUUGAGAAUGUUGA